ACUCGUUGAGUAUCCAGAAAUGUUUCGCAUAUCGCGAGUUAUAUCGACAGUGGCCAUUAUUCUUCUGAUACUGCUCGACUUACUAUAUUUCCUGCAUAUUUGGCCAAAUUCGAAAAAAAUUAUAUGCGAUGAGAUCUAUUUUAAUGACACACUAGCUAGCAUCCUGAAGCCUCGCUGGUCUGGAAGCCGGGGUCAUGCUGAAGUUGCCAAUUUUCUGUUCGAGCAACUAAAUUCACUUGGAUUUUUAGCGAUUCGCGAGGAGCUGUUCGAUCAAAGAAAAUACACAAAUAUUUUGGGUAUUUUGAAUGUAGAUGCCACACGUUUCUUGAUGCUCACCUGCCACUACGACUCGAAGUUCUUGCCAACCGCUCCACACUAUGUGGGCGCCACAGAUGGGGCCGUCUCCUGUGCGAUCCUUCUCAACAUCGCCAAGACAUUGAAUGCAUAUCUGCGCGAAGAGUUCUCCAAUAGAGACGACAUUGGCCUAGUGUUAGUUUUCUUUGAUGGACACGAGUCCACGCUGGCUGUCGAAGAAGAUUAUAAUUCUCUUAUUGGCUCGAGACGUUUUGCUCAGGUGGAAACUAUACCACUGCUGAAUAUUGAGGUACUCAUUACAUUAAACCUUAUUGGUGCACCGAAUCAUAUCUUUCUGAGCCACUUUAUGAAUACAUAUGGACUGCAUGAGCGUCUGGUAGACAUAGAGACGAAGCUGGGCAAAUCAGGUCAGCUCACCAAGUGCCAUACGCUGUUCCAUAAGAUAAAAGAUCAUGAGAGCGACAUUGAAGAUGAUCAUUAUCCCUUUCUAAGUAAUGGCGUGCCAUCUAUGCAUAUUGUGCCUCAUGCUUAUCCGGAGUAUUGGCAUACACAGAUGGAUAAUGUAACGAAUCUCUACUGGCCAGCAAUACGUAAUAUGAAUUUGAUUUUGGCUCACUUUGUUUACGAGUAUUUACAAAAUCAUGAAGAACUCUCAUCAUUGGUUCACAAAUAUUCAUUUGUGUUGCCUAAUGGUGGGCCAUAAAUAAAAGUUCUAUGAAUUCAUUUGAAUAGAAGUACAAAGCCAAAUGAGAAUAUCUUUGAAAAUAACGCACAAUUGUCACUGUUAAUAACGCUUCAGAGAUAACGUGUAAUGAGCUUACGUAUAAUGAGCUUACGUGUCAUGCAUAAUAAAUAUUUAAAA